AUGGCUAGCAAAGACAUCUACAACAUUGAGAAUGUGACAUCCAAACUUUCCGUCAUGAGUUUGGUUGCCCUCUUGAAUAAAUACCACAUUGAUCCCCAGUUCCAUCCUUGUCUUCCAAAGCCAGGAAAUGCAAUUGUCGAUGCACCGGCUGGCUUUGUCGAAGUGUACAGGCUUCAUUUCAAAUCAGGGCUUCAUCUCCCUACUUCUGAUUUUCUGGAAGCGGAUCUUGAUUAUUACCAACUGCACAUUGCUCAAAUUUCUUCAAACGGGUUUCGAAAGGAGUUCUUUUUUGUUGACGCAUCUGCUUUCUCAAGACCCAUAGAAUAUGGUGUUGCUGCUAAUAGGGGUUCUGAUCCUCCGCCCGACUUAUCCGCUGAAGAUCAUGAAACCAUCGACCGUUUGGCUCAGAACUAUGGUAAGUGGGGGGACCCUAAAGAGGUAACCCUAGGCAUGGCUGGUUUGAGUCCUCUUUGGAACAAACUGGGUAAGAAUUCAGUUGAAACUAUGGACGGUCGAGAAAUAACUCGGCUAUACCGUUUGCAUAAGAAACAUUUAGAAGACUCUGAUGGGUUUUUAGCAUAA